ACUCGAUUAUAACUCAGUACAUAACAUCAAACAAAAAAAAGCAAUAGUAACCAAUUAUAUAGAUCGAGCAAUCAAAUUAACUUCACCACGUUAUAGACCGGAGAUACUAAAUCAGAUCUCCUCCCUACUUGCCACAAACAAUUACCCCCAAGAAAUGAUAAACAAAACAAUAAAACAACGCACUCAUAAAUUCUACAACUCACUAAGUUACCAAAAUCCAAAAACCGAGCCAAUAGUUUACAUACCCCUACCAUACAUCCCAACACUGUCUGAGAAAAUAGAAAACAUAAUAAAGCCAUACCCCAAUAUAAGGAUUGCACACAAACCGGUUAUACAGGUUAAUCAAUUAUUUUCGAGAUUGAAGGCAAUAGUCCCGAAAGGUCAAAAAUCACAUAUCGUCUACGAGAUACCAUGCAACCAAUGUAAUGGAGUAUACAUAGGACAAACGGAACAAAAUCUGAACAACAGGAUAAAAGGACACAAAUACUCUAAAACUCAAACAGCCCUUUACAAACAUACGAUAGAAAACAACCACACUUUCAAUUUCGAGAAUACAAGGAUAUUAGAUAGGGAAAAAAAUAAAAGAACCAGGGAAUUUUUGGAAAUGAUCUGUAUAAAACGAAACCCCAACUCUAUCAACGACAGAACAGAUAUAAAUGGUCUGAACAAAAUAUACUCAACGAUUAUAAAGAAGACAGCGGAAAACGACAACGAAAGAAGAAGAGUGACAACGACACCAACUUGACAAUUCAUUGACUUAGCACCACAUUAUACUACAAAAUGAAGAAUGAGGACACAUGCACCACAAGCAGAAGACUUAGAAAUUGUUAAAAUAAAGAUUGAAAAAGGGCCCGAACCCGAAACGUCUUAUUAUAUUUGACUAAAUAAAUUAGGUUAACAAAAUUCCAAACGAUCAAUUAUUUAAUACAGCAAU